AUGUUCACCUCGACUCAACAAAUCUUCAAGUCUCUCAAUUGUCCCAAAUGUGACACACCAUACUCGAAAACGGCAGGCGCAGAGAAUACGCCAACGCAGACUAUUUGCCCUUUUCAAGAAAUUCCAGAAAUUUGUAUGGGAUGUUACGAAAAGCAAAGGAAAAUCGAUCGAAGAAUCAAUCCAGUGCAUCAAUGCGGCGAAUGGGGUUGUUUUGUUCCCAAGCCAACUCCAUCGUAUUACUUAAUGGAGCUCCUCGCAAGUGGGGCUUUCAAAUUGGAUCAGGAAGGGAAAGGAUAUGUGCAAACAACCCAAUCAAUCACAAUUCCGGAAUGUCCGAGUUGCCAGGAGGAAUAUUCGUUGAGAGAUGCCAAAAAAGAGCCAUUCACUCUCCAUUGUGGACAUACUACACCGGGGGAAAAUCGACUUAAAACCUUUUUGCGAGAACUUGAAGAAAAAUUGACGCCAGAAGAAGCUAAAAUGAAAAGCAUUUGUGAAGAUUGUAGAAAAGAGGUGUCUCUCCUCGAAAUGUUCCAAUGCACGGAUUGUGGAGAUAAAAUGUUAUGCCCCCGAUGUUCUUGCAAGAAUCAUCGUCUUCAUCAGAUUAUCGAUGUUGAAGUUGUUGAGAAACUGUGGCAAGUGAUUCGCGAAACGAUCAUCCCACAAAUUGAGGCCUACAAUGCCUGUUUCCCGGAACUUCAAUCGAAUUUGAUCAAGAAUUUCAAUAAGUGCCAAAAGAAAAUUCUCAGUCGAACCGAUCAAGUCGCUUACUUCAAUGGGUUUGCAGAAGCAAAGGAGCAACAGAAGGCUUGCCUAGCAUUUGGCGAGAGAUUCGAGACGAUUUGCGAGAAAUAUUUGGGUGAAUUGCGGUCAUUUAACACCGGUAUUGAGAAGCUCAUCGAUGACAUCAAUGAGUCGCCAAAA